GUGACCCCAGGUCUCUGGGCCUGAUUUCUGCAGCCCCCCUGCAGCCCCCCUAGGUGUCUCGCUUUCGCAGCGCUCGUGCGCGAGGCGCUUAAUGAAGGCGCGCGGCCGCUGACGUCACCGCGCCGUUGAUUUGCUGAGGCGCGCGCGGAGGGGAGUCAGUGCGCGCGAGAGCGGGUACUGUGAACUGCGCUCUGUACGCACGAGUCUCCUCCAUAAGAGCCGUGUUCGGAAGCGGCGCGUGCAAACGACCUGCAGAUUCACCUUAUCUUGUUUACAAAGAUAACUGAACAGAUUGCUGAGUGGAAAGAGAGAGACUCAUGAAUUGGCCUGGUGGGUUACGACGGCGUUAUGGAUCUGACUAAAAUGGGUAUGAUACAGCUCCAGAACCCCAACCACCCCUCUGCACUGCUGCACAAGGCCAAUCAGAUGCGCCUGGCCGGCACGCUGUGUGAUGUGGUCAUCAUGGUGGACAGUCAGGAGUUCCACGCUCACCGGACUGUGCUGGCAUGCACCAGCAAGAUGUUCGAGAUCCUUUUCCACCGCAACAGCCAGCAUUAUACCCUUGACUUUCUCUCGCCAAAGACCUUUCAACAAAUUCUUGAGUAUGCUUACACUGCCACACUCCAAGCAAAAGUGGAAGACUUGGAUGACCUGCUGUACGCAGCAGAGAUACUUGAGAUAGAGUAUCUUGAGGAGCAAUGCCUGAAGAUCUUGGAGACCAUCCAGUCUUCGGACGAGAACGAUGCGGAGGUCAACAUGAACGAUGGCGGUACCGAGGAGGAUGACGAGCACAAAGGGAGGCAUGGCAGGAGCACUGCCGGCUCCAAGAAGCAUUCCAUGGAGGACAGUGACUACGUAACUGCUGCCCAGCAAUCAUUGGCACUGUCUAGCGUUGUGGAUCAGAGCCCAUCUGUCUCCACUUCCUUCGGUCUCUCCACAAUGAGCCCAACUAAAGCUGCAGUGGACAGCCUGAUGAGCAUUGGCCAGUCACUGUUGCAGAGUAGCAUGCAGCACGGUCUAGGCAUUGAGCAGGGCCUCCAGGGAAACCCUCACUCUAUAAUGCCAGAGAUCAAAACCGAGAUGAUGCAGGUGGAUGACUCUAAUGGUCGUGAGAGUCCCAGACCCAUGGAGUCAAGCACCUCUAGCAAUGGAGACCGCAAUAGCGAUGGCGACAAGAGCCGUGAUGGGCCCGGUACCCCCACUAGAAGCAGCGUAAUCACCAGCGCCCGUGGGCUACAGUAUGUCCGUGAAGAUGGGGGAGGAGAACACCCAUCUGAAGCUGGCCACAUGAUCCUGGAAGGUAUGCCUGGUAUGACUGAGAAACACCUGGCCUCUCUCUAUGGCCUGCCACCCAACCAUAAGAGUGAAGCCUUGCUCUCCAUGCCUGCCUCCAUGGCCUCGACCCUGCACAUGUCUCCAGCUCUGGCAAUGUCCAUGGACUUUAGCGCCUACAGCAGCCUCCUGCCACAGAGCUUCAUCCAGAGGGAGUUCUUUAGCAAGUUGGGUGAGCUAGCAGCUGGCAUGAAACCUGAAGGGCGUGGCGGGCAAAAUGAGCGCUGCAAUGUGUGUGGUGCUGAACUGCCUGACAACGAAGCUGUGGAGCAACACAGGAAGCUGCACAGCGGAAUGAAGACCUACGGCUGUGAGCUGUGCGGCAAGCGCUUCCUAGACAGCCUACGCCUGAGGAUGCACUUGCUGUCUCACUCAGCUGGAGAGAAGGCCAUCGUGUGUGACCAGUGUGGAGCUCAGUUCCAGAAAGAAGAAGAUCUGGAAGCACACAGACAGAUUCAUACAGGAUCAGACAUGGCCAUCUUCUGUCUGCUUUGUGGGAAGCGCUUCCAGACUCAGACGGCCCUGCAGCAGCACAUGGAGGUCCACGCCGGGGUCCGCAGCUACAUCUGCAGCGAGUGCAAUCGCACCUUCCCGAGCCACACGGCACUCAAACGCCACCUUCGCUCCCACACAGGUGACCACCCGUAUGAGUGCGAGUUCUGCGGGAGUUGCUUCCGUGACGAGAGCACACUGAAGGGCCACAAGCGCAUCCACACCGGAGAGAAGCCCUAUGAAUGUAAUGGCUGUGGCAAAAAGUUCAGCCUCAAACACCAGCUGGAGACCCAUUACCGUGUGCAUACAGGUGAGAAGCCUUUCGAGUGCAAGCUGUGUCACCAGCGCUCGAGGGACUACUCAGCCAUGAUCAAACAUCUGCGCACCCACAACGGCGCCUCACCCUACCAGUGCACCAUCUGCCUGGAGUACUGCCCCAGCCUGUCCACCAUGCAGAAGCACAUGAAGGGCCACAAGCCAGAGGACAUCCCGCCAGACUGGAGGAUCGAGAAAACCUAUCUGUACCUGUGCUACGUCUGAUUGAGGCAGAGCCCUGCACAGGGUUGGGUCGGGAUCGGGGGGUGGGGGGAGCGUAAGGAUGGAAUGCACAGAGGAAGCAAAAAGGGGGGAAUGUUUACAUUUUCGGCAGCAGGGCUGGGCGAGGCAAAGUCGAAGGGGACGAGGACAAAAAUGUACUUAAUAUGGUGGCGUUGUCAUGUUGUAGUAUUGCGUUCUAUUGUGUUGUGAUGGUGUCGUGACUCAAACAGGAAGUCUGCUCUACUCACUAAGGAUUCUCCCACCGUGUCAGGCGGGGAUCUUCGACAUCACGCCUUCUUAUAAUUAGAAUGAUUUGAAUCAUUAUUUCUGGUUAUCCCCUGGUUAAUAGCUAAGAUCUGACCCCAUUAACUUCACAGACCUACCAGGAGGUGUCACAAGCACUUAGAUCUGCUAGGAAGAUAUCUUUACAUCUGAAGUGCAGUGGAGCAGCUGUUACAGCUGUGAACUGUAUGGAUUUGUAAAGAGUUUUUACUGAUAUACUACAGAUCCUUGGUGGGAAGAGCCUUCUUGCUUGAUUGACAUUCAUUGAGGGUCUAUCGGCUUAACCAGCAUACAAACCAGCUAUACAUAAAUGCCAUUUCAGUUUUCUCAACAUAAACUCUUUCUCUGCAUCAUAGCCUUUCACAGCUUCAUUGCACAUAUUACGAUGACAAUUUCUGUUUGAUUUUUUUUUCUGCUCAUACAACAUAAUCAAGUGCCACAUUACACCAUUCUUCUGCUGUAUGUUUUCAUUCACUACUAACUGGACUUUUUUUUGCUUCAUUUAUUACCCAUUUAUUUCCUUAACAUGACAGGAAAUCAGUUGAACACAAAAUAUUCAGCUUCGAAGCCGGAUUCAGCAGUCCAUUACAUUAGGGAGCGCACUAGAAAUCUAAUUAACUGUGUAUAUUCUGAUAUAGAGACCAAAAUAAUGACUAAAGCUGCUUUUGCCAGUGGCUUGGACACUAAAGGGCACUGUGAUGUACAGGACUGGUCUCCACAUAUCUAAGAGAUGCGUGAAAGCAAAUUUCACCCUUGGGAGUUAUGAGGCCUGCCUGGUCUGUCCAGCCCAGAGGGCUACAAUGAAAGAAUAGAUCAACUCUUUGUAUUGUUUUGUUCCUUUGCUGUGUCUGUAUUUCCUAUUUUAUCUUGAUUUGUUAGCACAUUGUGCUUGAAUUACCUCGUAUUUUUUUGUGACCUCAUGUGCUUGUGUUUUAAAUUUUUUUCCUUUGUUUCUUCUUUUUGUGUGUGUAUGUAUAUAUGAUUACAUGCACAUGUUAUGUCUGUCUGCUAUGUUUUGCAGAGGAGAUGUGAAAAACCAUGUGCCACAGUGAUGAGAGAUUACUAUUGUGUUAUUGUUACCAAACUUGGUAUUUUUUAUUAACCCUGCUUGUUUAAGAGCUUGUGGGUUUGGUCAUUUUUUUUUUUUUUUUUUUUUUUGUAAGCUACCUCUAAGUUUUGUUUUGUCUCUUUUGUUUAUUUUUGUUGUGGCAGAAGCACAUAUUUUUUGUUCGAAGUUUUGAAUUGCAUCUUUUCAUCUCAUGCUUUCUGUCUGUUGAGAUUUGGAAAUAUGUAAAUGGCAAAAUUUAUUAAUUGAUGGGUAAAGUGUGGGUUGUGGGGGUUGACAUGCUCUGACCACCCACCUGCCCUGCCUCCACACCAAACCUUUUCUUUAAGAGCAAAGAAGAGAUUUUGCAGCCUUAAGCUUGGGUUAAGAGUUGAUCUAUGAGGUAAGUAUGGAAUCGAAUCUAUGGAGUGUAGUACUUUAAAGUAAAAAGAAAAAAAAAGCAUUAAACUUGAAAAUAUGUGAAUAGAAUUGUAGUUUUGUAAUGUGAAAAAAAAGGAAAAAAAAAAGAUGGUUCAUAAAGCCUGAACCGCUAAGAACAGGUCAUAUGCAGCUGUGCAUUGUGCGUUGGACAAUUGGGACGGCAAGUGGUAAUGGGGGAUGAAAGGAAGGGAAAAAAAAAUUGAUAUCCUGUCGAUCAACGUUUCUUUAUGAGUGUAGUCCUGAGCAAGAGCCAACAAAGGCCAUUUGAUAUAUAAAAUCGUGAUAUUUUUGUAUCGAGUGUUGGUCCCCUUUCCAUUUGUUGAGGUUUCAGCAGGGCAAAUAUUUGUAGUUUGUUCUAUUUUUUUUUUUUUUUUUUUUACAUUGUUCUUCUCUGGUUGGACUUUUUUGCCUUGCUCCUCUUUGGUAAUGUUGGACAUAAGUGUGUGAACGUUGUUGUGGUUCAGUGUUGCUUUUCUGGAUGUUGAUACAUUGUAGGUGAAGGACUAAAUCAGCCACAAAUGUCUGCUUUGUAAGUAUAACAAAAAAAAGAGAGAGAGAAAGAAAUGUAUUGUGAUGCCAAUGAUCAAUUGUACACAAAUCGUUCUCACGAUUUCAAACAAUCAAUGUUGCCAAUAUCUUGUUUUUGUGUUACUUGAAGUGACUGAAAAGAGGGGUGGGGCAGAUUUGGGGGGGGGAAGAGGGUGGUAUAAGUAAUGUACCUGUCUUGUGUCUUGUAGUAUUCUGGAAAUCACUGUGAGUUUUGGGGAAUUUUUUUGCCCCCCUGUGGGAUUUAAAGCAAGCCUAAGUAGCUCAAUGUAAGAGGCAUAUAACAAUGUGAUGGAAAUAUAAGUUUCAUAUUGGGCAACAAUAACAGUUAUUAAGCCACACACUAGUGUCACUGUCCUCUAUACCUUCUUUUAUUUACUUCCCAUGGAGUAUGAGUGUCAAAAGUGUAUGAGAAUCUGUGUGUAAGAGAGAGAGCCUAUUAGUGUGGGAUGCACUAAUCAAAUCUUUAAUGUUCUAUGCCACUUUUCUCUCGAUAAGAUUAAAAGAUAUUGGCAUUGAUAUAGUUCUUCCCUCGAUGUUACUCUGAUGUUUCUGUAAUAUUUGUGCCUAAAUGAAAUUGUUCAAAUUGUCCAUCGAUAUCUGCUUUGUUUCUGUAUUUUUCAAGACUUAAUCGGUGUCUCUAGAGCUCCAGGGAUGCCUUUGUGAUCACAUUGUGGUUGUUUGAUGGUUAAAAAAAAUUUACCCUGUCCAUGCGGGAAAAGCUAUUGGAUCAUUAUUGAUCUAUAUUUUUUAUUAGUGACUAAACAUCCAAUUUUUUCAUAGCUAUUGUAUUUUGUAGACAAAAAUAAACAAGUUAAACAUUCUUCGGAAUGAAAUGUGCAUUUAUCUCAAGAGAUUUUUUUAAGUAAAAAAAUUCAGGCACCGUUACGUCAUAUUAAUAUCAGCAAACAGGUUUUGCUGACUAAAGCUGAAAAUGGUGUCCUUUUUUCUUUUUCUUCUUCUUUUUUCUUUUUUUGUUUUAAACUGAUAUUAGUAUACUGAUAUUACUGCCCCAGCUUGACAUCACUGUUCUUUUUGGUUAGAGUACUUAUGUUAUUAGCGUGUAUAAAGAGACAGUGUCAUCCUGGCAUCCCUGGAGUUUGGCUCACUGUGUUCGCGUGUGGUGUUUUAGCAAGAGUAGACAUUUCAUGCCGUGUUGCCAUGCAUGUGCCAUUGAGGUCUAGAGAAAAUUGUUUGAAGCACCAAGACCUUUUUUCUUUUUUUUUUUUUUGGUGGUUGUUUUUUUUUUUUCUUUUUUUAAUUAGCACUGAGGACCAAUCGCCCUGUCGGACCAAGCGCAACAGAGCUUUUCUAUGUAACAAAGUGUCUCUCUUAUUCAAUCUGUACUCCUGUCUGUGUAUCUCUGCCUCUCUCUUUCUGUUUGUGUGUGUCUCUCUCUCUCUCGCUCUCUUUCUCUUUCUCUCUAACCCCCCAUCGUUCACCUUUACCGCAUCCCAUUUUCGGCUUAUCUGUUGUUUUCUUUUCUUUAUUGUGACAGCACAAGUGCCAGUCCAGUUGCUUUGUACUAAAAAAAACAAAAAAAAAAGAAAAAUAGUGUUUUUAUAAUUAUUUUGAAUUGUUCUAGUUACGUCUACCUCAGCACCUAAUCUUAGCCUAAUCUUAGAAGGUGCCCAAUUAUUUUUUUUUUUUUCCUGUUUGUUGUCAAAUGUAAAAAAAAAAAUAAUAAUUAAUUUGCAUUCAGCUUUUGCAAAAGGUCCUUUUUGUCUUUUUUUUUUUUUUUUUUCCGGCCACAUGCUAUUUUUGUAGCACCACUUUCUGGCAAUUGUGCUACAAAUAUCGGCGUCUGUUUCCGAUGUAGAUUUUCUUUUUGUGUAGGUUCAGACACAUCUCUUUGUAACAUUUCAGUGUUCUCUGAUGGAGUGUGGAAAAAUAAUAAAAAAAAUUAAAGAGAUUUAAUGCUGCAGGUUUUCUUCUCAAUGUUGUUACUAAGUAAAUCGUGUGCCUUUAAUAGUGAGAGUUAUUUUUUUUUUUUUUACAUAAUACUAACAGUAGAUGGUUUUGUAGUGAUUUUAUUUUUGUUUUGUUUGUUUGAUUUUUUGUAUUUUUAUUUAUGAGUCUCAUCCAAUAACAAUGUUCAGUUGUAUUCCUUAAAUCUGCAGUUAGAAAAAAAAUAAAAAGUGGACUUAAUUCUG